AGCCUCCAUUUUUAUGCAGUCGCUGCAUAGACGAGGUCCCGAUCAUUGUGCUCAAUUUAAUAUUGAGCUAUAAAAUAAUCAAGGCAUCAUGUGGGAUGGACCAGGACGAGGGCCAUGGGGUGGGCCACAUUUUCGUGGUGAUCAACGAGGAGAGAUGUUUGGUGGCCAUGAUCAUCCAAUGCGAGGUUUUAGAGGCAGAGAUGGGAUGAACAUGGGUCCCAUGGAACCAAUGCAUCAAGGUUUACAUCCUAUGGACAGGAGGAGGAUGGAUGGGCCACCCAUGUGGGGACAUGAUAUGGAUCCACGAGAUAUGCGGGGAAGAGAAUCAAACCAAGAUCUUUUCAGACCUGGAGAAGAAACCGAUUUCAGAUUUAGGAGGCAUGUUGAAAUUUCCAUUAGAGAAACAAUGAUUAAUACCUCUGAUUUUCCAGGACCUGGCAGGAAUGUAGUAGACAUGGGAGGUAGGGAUAUGUCUCCAUGGGAAUCAGACAACAGAUCAUUGGACACGCGAGACAGAGAGUCAUUUCAUAGGGACAUGCCACGAUUCAGCAGACCUAAUUUUGAUGAUCAAAGAAGCUUUCCAAUGGAUCAAAUGGAACCAAAUUAUGGAUAUAGGGAAAUGCAUGAUAGACAUCUAAUGGGUGUCCAUGAUGCUGAUCGCUUUAAUAUGGACUUCACUCCUCGUGAAAGGAGAAUGAUAGAUUUUGAUAGAAGAGAAGAGCCCCUUUUCAAUCCAAGAAGUAGAUUUGAUUCUGAUGUGGAUUUUAGAAACAGACCUGUACCACCAGUUGAGUUUAAAAGUAGAGAUCGGUCUCCUAUAAGAUUUGGAAAAAGUGAUGACCCUUCAGCGGAUAGGGAAAGAUCAGAUGUUGUCAGUCCUCGGCAGUCAGGGUUUAGGGAUUCAGAAGACUGUGUCAGUAACAGACAGUAUCCAGAGUCAGGUGGUAGUCCUGUUAUGGAUUAUCGAAGUGGUGAAGAGAUGACUCUUGCUGAAGAGUGGAAGACUUGUCGUAAGAACAAGAACACUUUCAUGGAUCCAUUUCAUGACAGGAAUAAACCACCUGCUGGCUUCCAAGGAGAUGAUGCUAGUUUUACUUCUGGUGACCACUUCACUGCAAUGGAUCUACCACCAGUUGGUAGCAAGAGUCCACAACACCAUCUACCCCUGGAAAUAAAACCCCCAAUUCAGCUGGAUAGAGAUAACAAAAAGUGGCCUGAUGAAAGGGAUCCAAAAUAUGUUUACAAUAAACCAAAUCAUGAUGAAAGUUCCCCUUUUCGUCCAAUAAAAGAGUUGUCAUGUGUGAUUCAAGACCCUGGUGAUUCCUUUAAAGAGAUGAAAAAUGUCUCAUGUGAUCAAGUUACUUCUAGGGAUGAUUUUGGAAAUGAACCUAAUUUCCAAAGAAGCGGCACWUUAGAAGCAAAGGAUCAGGACUAUAGGGACAUCGAUUACAGGAUGGGAUCUGCAAGAAUGUUUGACUACCAACACGAAGAACUUCCAUCAGUAGAGAAACUUCUCAAGGACUCUAAAUCAGUCACCCCUUCAGCAUUCACAGAUUCUGCUACACAGGAUCAAGAUUACAGAAAUGCAUCAGUGAAGAGCAAAGUUUCAAAUAUUAUAUCCAUAUCUGGUAUUCCAAAGACUACCACAGUGAAUCAGAUUCUCAGUUCCUUUGCAGUCCGUGAUGGUGUGCCAAUGCAGGGGAUUAAAAUCAAAGAUAUUGUUCCAGGUUACAGCUACGAUAUGGCCUAUGUGGAGUUUUUAAACCUCAAGGAUGCAGUCUACUUCAUGGAGUCCAACAAGGGUUCCCUAAAUCUUGGCACUAGAGUGGCAUCCACAAAGUAUAUCCAGCCUGAUGAUUAUGAAAGAGAAGUUUAUGAAUCACAUCACAAAGUACCUCAACCUCAGGACUCUCAGUUACACAGAUCAGAUGGACCUUCAGAAGUACCAGUUGGGUCAAACCAAAAUUGUCCUGUGGAGCCGCUAUCCCAUGGUCAGUGGCAGCGUUGUUCUAACCUGACUCCAGAGGCCUGGCAGCAGCAGGUAGACAAACACCAGCAAGAAAAAGACAUGGAGCAACAGCGAGAAUCUGUGAACAGCAAUCAGAGCUUUCAUAACCUCAAAUCUGUUUUCGCUGAAAGCAAAACCAUGAUAUUAAAGAACUUGAAGCGYGUCACCACCGUGGAGAGUGUCUUGAAAGCUUUGGAUCCAUUUGCCUAUCUGGAUGAAAGAAAUGUUCGUCUUGUGAAGGCAAAGCCACCUGGAACCAAGUGCUUCUGCUUUGUUGACAUGGACUCCCAUGAGCAAGUGACACGCCUGGUUGAGCUCCUCACUAAACCCAACCCUUUAUAUAUUGAUGGAAUCAGAGUUCAUGCUGAAGUUGCAAAACCCCUCAAGAACCCCAAUUUGGCAAAGGAUUUUGAUAAAACAAACGCUUCCAUUCUUGGGCCUACAUCUGAGGCAGGUUUGGUAAGGCAGCUGCAGUCGUACUCUCAACCGCUGCAGUACGCUCCACAUCUGGUGCCGCCUACUGUUGCCCCUCCUGCAAUGAUGGUUGCAACCCCAGGGGUUUUAAUGGCUGCACAUCCUGCUAUGCCAUCAGACCCCAGCCUGAGCCAGGGUUAUGAAAAAGCUCCAGCUCUGGCUGCUUUUCCUACUGCUCCUGCUGCAGCUCAGGAACACCAGCCUGAUGAAGUUCACGUGCCCACCGACUCAUCAGAGAUAGCUGGCAACACAGACGCAUCACAGACUUACGUUUAUGGUUCUGAGGCUCCUGACACAUCCAAAUACUUGUAUGAUUCAACGUCAGGUUUCUUCUACGACCCAGAGACAACACUGUACUACGAUCCCAACUCAAGAUAUUUUUACAAUUCGCAAACCCAGGAGUACUUGUACUGGGAUGCAGCCUUGAAAACUUACAUUCCAGUUCCAGGAGGGAGCUCUGCAGAGACCCAACAGGUGGCAAUGACUCCAAAAGACCAGGCCAUUCUUUCCAACCCGGCAGCAGAUGCUCCUUUAGAAAUGAAGAAGCCGCCCCAGCCGUUAGCAGCAGCAGCUCCAGCUCCGGCUCCGGCUCCACCUGCUGUUUCAGCCAGCAGCUCUGCAGAGUCUGUCCCAGCUCCUACAGUGGCUCCUGACAUCAGGGAAGAUGACGAGUCUCCUAAAAAGGACAAAGAAAAGGAGGGUAAAGAGGACAAAGUGAAAAGUCUGGCUGCUGUCAAGAUAAUGAAAGAUAUGGAGCGCUGGGCAAAGAUCCAGAAUCGCCAGAAGGACUGUGUGCGUGCUCCAUCUCCGGUCCUGAAGACUGAAAUAGAUGUUGAAAGGAGGCCGUCGAAGUCGGCUGAUGCUGCUUUUGCUAUAUUUGAGAGGAAGAACUCAGGUGGUGAUAGUCUUUUUAAGAAGCCCCUCUCUCUCUCUAAAAAAGAUGAAAAAUCAAAACAUCCGAUGGGCUCUCUGGGUCUGCUGGCAUCAGACUAUGGAGCUGGAAGCGAUGAAGAGGUGGAAGAAGAUAAGGAGGAGGGAGCUAAAAACAGCCAGAAGAGGAAACCGGCAGAAAAAGAGGACAAACUGACAGACUGGAAGAAGAUGGCCUGUCUACUGUGCAGGAGACAGUUUCCCAACAAAGAUGCUCUGAUCCGCCACCAGCAGCUCUCAGAUCUGCAUAAACAAAAUAUGGAGAUCCACCUCAAGAUCAAACAAUCAAAGAAGGAACUAGAAGCACUUGAGAAUCAGGAAAAAGAACUAAACUCUAGAACAGCUACCAAAUCACCAGAACAGAAAAGAAGAAAACACCACCACCAGCAGUCACAUCAGAACAGCUCGGCUGGAAGCUCCAGGGACAACAAAGCCAGUGACAGGCCAGGGCACGGGGCAGAACCUGGUCAACAGAAAAAAGAGCGCGCUCCCUGGGACCACUACACCUACAAACAAGCAGUGCGCAAAGCCAUGUUUGCUCGGUUCAAAGAACUGGAGUGAUUUCUUCAGGAUAUAUCUUUGCUUUCAUAUGUGAAUAGUUCAUGGUGCUCUUACCCACCUUUUGCAUGAGAAAUGUCUGUUUUUACCAUUUCUCUGCUUCUGACAUGAACCAGUUUACAUUGUGGAAAAUGUUGGAGCAAACAUAUAUAAUAUGCAGUGAAUCUAAACUGUUAAAAAGAGGAGUCCUCAAAGUGUUUUGUAUAAAAUUAUUUAACCGUUUUGAUUUUUGUGGCCUGUACAGUUCUGAGACGUCCACUUAAUUUUGCUUUUUAUUAAUAAUACUGUAAGACAUACGUUUUCUUUUAAACUGAAACAUUUUAAUAUUUUUAUUUUUGUGGCUUAAAAUAGCCAAAAAAAUCUGUGCUCGUCUUAAAUUUAAAAAAAGGGGGAAAAAUUGUUUCUUUAAUUUGCUUUGUAAUCAUCUGAACACUAGAGGGCAGGAUGACACAGUCUAUUUUGAUUAUGUAUCCAGCAAGUCACUGUUCUAAAACCACAGUAUUGGAUGUCUUUCAUCUAAAGUAAAUGUGUUUUUUUUUGUUUUUUUUUUCCUGAACUUUCUGUUCCUAAUAAAUCAGUUCAUUUGUUUUUUGACGUUCAGUUUAACUUUUAAGAUGUAUUUUUAAUGUCUGUGGUGUGUACUGCAGGAUUUAGACUGAAUACUCCCUUUUGACAUUGGGAACAAAAUAAAAGAAUCAUCCCACA